AUGCCUCGACAAAGCGGGACCAAGGUUGAGCGUACGCGCACCUUUACUGGAUGCCGGACUUGUCGAAGCCGGCAUGCAAAGUGUGACGAAGCUCAGCCAGAAUGCGGCACCUGUCGGAGACUCGGACUCACAUGCGGUGGGUACGGAGCCCGCCUCUUCUGGAUCACAGACGAUGCAGUCCGGCCGGAGCUCCAGCAGAGCCAUCGGGGAUCCGAAUACCGGUACCCACUCUUCUCCGGUAACUUGGGCAAGCAGUCUGCAAUGGACAUCUUGGCAGAUAUUGACUCUGCGUGCGAUAAACUGGCUGGUGGAAACUCGGCCAUGAUCAAAGGCCCUUUCGGUGUUUUUCAAUCAAUCGAAGAGCCAUCUCCGGCUGAUGUUCUCACAUCCUCCCCAGACACCGAAAACUCGAAUACAAACACAUAUCCCGAUACCGACAGCUUCAUCGAGGAGGUACAGCGGCAUGACUGGCCCACUCAUAUCGGAGAUGACUUGGAUCUGUUUACCGGACCUCUAGAUCCGAGUCUUUCUCUCAACCCUGAAGAACCAACAGGUUCAGAACAAGUUCUCAUGCCAGAUCCAUCCAUGACAAACUUCUUCCUCGAUAAUUCUAUGGGUGUUGAAGGCUUGGCGCUCUUCAGCCCCAACUUUAUCACCCAGGCGAUAGAAAGCGAAGCAAUUGGCCACGCAGAUGGCCACGGAGAUGACCAUCAAAACAGCUCAUUCAGCCAUUUAGAAAACGAAGUUGUACCAUGUCCCCGGGCGCUCCCACAGGCCAAUGGGGGCAAUUGGGGACUUCCAGAAGAGGCGGAGCCAUUACUUCGAUACUACAGAAAACACGUGGCUGGUGAAAGAACAGCGAUGCACGCAAAACGAAAGUCUCCGUGGGAAAUCAUCUUUUUACCCUGUGCCCUUGAAACCUUUGCCGAGCUCUCUCUUUGGAACGAGGCGUCACAUACACGAUCUACGAUAUUCUAUACCCUUCUUGCCCACAGCGCUCUUCAGCUACACAUGUCGAACAAACCCAGCGCGUUUUCUUCUGAUUGGAAAGAGAUUGGAAUAAGGAAUCACGAGAGGGCUCAAUAUCAUCUACGCAAUGCUCUGCAACUCGAGAUGUUUGGUCCUAAGCAGGCGAACUACAAGGAGUUGCUAAUGGCCAUUCUCGGCAUGGCCAUGACUUCGUUGCAUAGCGGUGCUCGCGCUUUCCGCGUCUUCCUCCUCGAUGCCGAGAGACUUAUCCGACUUCGAGGUCUGAUCAACCAGAAUCCAUUUAAAACACGGAUGCUACAUCACAUGUAUACCCAUCUCCGCGUUAUUGCGGAGAGUAUAUCCUUGUGCGCCGACCCCAAUACCGAUGGCUCCGAUGAGGUCAAUAGCACCGACCUCACCCAUGGCCGAACGUUUCGAAUCACUGAGGAUGCCCUGAAUAUCGGCCUUGAUCCAGCGCAAGAGAAAUCAGAGGAAAUAGGGUAUAAUGACAUCCAUCUCGAGAUGCAGGGCCGUUGGAGCCAUACAUUGUAUCCUGUCAUCUACGGCAUUCCAGAGUCCUUGAUGACUCUUUUGUCACAGACAGUCUCGCUGUCGAAUGAAAAGACGCGUCUUGAGAAUGUGGCCCGCUGCAACCCAGGAGUUUCAGUAGCCCUGGCCAGACAUACAAAGACACUUGAGAACAGAAUCUGGGCAUGGACUCUAGCGCUCGACCCUCAAGGACCUCCAAAGCCAACCCGUUUGCCCCUCGGCACGGAUCAAGAUCUGAUGGCCCACCCUCAAGUUCGAUCAAUGGCUCUGGCGAUACAUCAGGCCCUCAUCAUCUACUUCUACCGUCGGGUAUACGACAUGAACGCCAUGAUUCUCCAGGAUCUAGUCAAGAAGACUCUGGACUUCCUGGAACCCUGUUUGAACGAGUUGAUUGAUGAUCAAGACUUUGCCACCAGCCUCGCUUGGCCUGCAUUUGUUGCUGCUUGCGAAGCCGUAUCUCCGGAGCUUCAAGAGCGAGCCCUUAAAUGUUUGUCGGUCACCGACGACAAGGGCAUCUACUUUACGCCAAAGCCAGCAAAGGUGAUUGUGCCGAUGAUUUGGGAUAAGCGGAAAGAGUCUGGAGACUGGACCGCAAGCUGGCAGAGUCUGGUGUCGGAUAGCUUGCUCUAG